CUAUGUGUGUGUGUUUGAACUCCCCGUGUGUGUGUGUUAAGAGGAGUUUUAUGUGUGUGCACAGCGCUGCGUAUUUUUUUUAAGAGGAGCUGAAGUGCAGUCGUUCAUCAGUGUAGCUGACUGCAGCCGGGGGAAUACUCAGAUCUCUGUGUCGCUUUUCAACUUACAGCUGCUUAUAGGACUUUUUUUUUUUUUUUAAAGAUUAACUGGACUUUUAUUUUUCACCAAGCCAGGACUGCAGAGCUGCUUACUCUUUGUCUCAUCUUCACUGGAAUUACUCGUAUAAAUUUUUCCAGAAGUUCUUCCAGGAUUGCUACAUUUUGAUUUAUGUAUUCUCCUGCUUUCUGAGUUCUAUUGCAAUUUAAGUAAUUUCGAUUUCAUUCUCAUUCCCUACUUUGACUUGAGAUAUGUUAAACCAUUGAUGGAAAUUUAAGAGCUCAGCAAGAGUGCAAAGGUGUGGAUGAGCAAUAACUUUGAUAGUACCGACGACACAGAAAAGUUUUUCACAUAAUGGAAGCAAUAAGUGCAACAAGAGGCAUGAAGGGCUCAGGUGGAUGCUGAUCCUGACCAGGACAUUUCUGAACCUUUGCAGAUUUUGAUCUCUUGGAACUGGAUGGGAAGGUCCCUGUGUCCAGGCGGAAUGAUUUUGUCCUGUCUCGGAUGUGAGAGGUGAUCUGGGUCGUCCUUCAAAAGUGGACCAGAAGAUAUAUCCAGAAAACUCUUGGGAAUAAGUCUGACGGCAACUACAAGCCAGGAUAGCUAUUUUUUUUUUUUGUUUGUUUGUUUUUUCUUCAAAUUAGGAGAAACACUUUGCGUGAAGAUGAAAUAGAACUGGACAAGAACCAGAUAAAUAAAUCAUCUCUCAGUACAAAUACUCAGCACUCAAAGCGGCCAAAGCCACUAAACACUAGCUUUUGAUAGAAAGCGGUUUGUGAAAAGGGUGCCAAAAUGAUGACCAUGAUGAUGAUGAUGAUGGUCACCUACAGCUCCCUUUUGGUGCUCGGGAUGGCUGCUGCUUACUCUUCUUCCAGCUCAGUAACCCGUGCUUCAUCUUCAUCCUCCUCCUCAUCUUCCUCAUCCUCCGCUCCCACCUCCUCCUCCUCACCACGCAUGAAACUUUCAUACAAAGAAUUGCAACAGUACCACGGCGUGCGGCGAUUUGAGCUGGAGCGUUCCUGCUGUUUCAGCGCCAUGCUGCUGGACGAAGAGAGGGGCAGACUGUUUGUAGGGGCCAAAAACUUCUUGCUGUCACUCUCACUGGACAACAUUGCCAAACAAGAACAUAAGAUCUAUUGGCCAGCUCCUGUUGACUGGAGAGAGGAGUGUAAUUGGGCUGGCAAGGACAUUACUUCUGACUGUGUGAACUAUGUGAAGAUUGUGCACCACUACAACCGAACCCAUCUGUACGCCUGUGGCACCGGAGCUUUCCACCCUACCUGUGCCUUUGUGGAGGUGGGACACAGGAUGGAGGACCAUGUGUUUAGGAUCGACCCCUCAAAGGUUGAGGACGGGAAAGGGAAGAGUCCAUACGAUCCUCGGCAUAACGCUGCCUCUGUGCUCAUCGGUGAUGAGCUUUAUGCAGGUGUAGCCACAGACUUAAUGGGACGAGACUUCACCAUCUUCAGAAGUCUGGGCAAGCGUCCCUCGAUUCGCACCGAACAGCACGACUCACGCUGGCUCAAUGAACCAAAGUUUGUCGGCUCCUUUUGGGUCCCUGAGAGUGAAAAUCCAGAUGACGACAAGAUAUUUUUCUUCUUCCGGGAGACAGCGGUUGAAGCUCAAGGUUUGGGAAAGGCCACUUACUCGCGCAUUGGACAGUUAUGCAGGAAUGACAUGGGUGGACAGAGAAGUCUGGUGAACAAAUGGACAACGUUCCUCAAGACCCGUCUGAUCUGCUCAGUGCCAGGAGCUGAUGGCAGUGACACGUACUUUGACGAGCUGCGGGACGUGUUCUUGCUGCAGACAAGGGACAAAAAGAACCCUCUGGUCUAUACUGUCUUCUCUACUUCCAGCAGCAGUGUGUUUAAAGGCUCAGCUGUGUGUCUUUACUCCAUGAAUGACAUCCGGAGGGCCUUCCUGGGGCCUUUUGCACACAAAGAGGGGCCUAACUACCAAUGGGUCCCUUUCCAGGGAAAAGUGCCAUAUCCCCGCCCAGGAAUGUGUCCCAGUAAGACAUUCGGGAGUUUUGAAUCCACAAAAGGUUUCCCAGAUGAUGUGAUCCAGUUUGCCCGUCACCACCCUCUGAUGUACAACCCGGUGUACCCCAUGAAUCGACGGCCUGUGUUUGUUAGAACCAAUGUGGAGUACAGCUUCACACAGAUCGCUGUGGACAGAGUCAAUGCUGCUGAUGGACAGUAUGACGUCAUGUUCAUCGGAACAGACAAAGGGACAGUCCUGAAGGUGAUCAGUGUCCCCAAGGAGAGCUGGAACAACAUGGAAGAGCUUUUACUGGAAGAGCUGGAGGUCUUCAAAGAUGCCUCAUCUGUUAUUAACAUGCAGAUCUCUUCCAAACGGCAACAGCUGUAUGUCGGCUCGGACACAGGAAUCGCCCAAGUCCCGCUUCACCGGUGCAGUGUUUACGGGAAGGCUUGCGCCGAGUGCUGCCUGGCCCGAGAUCCAUAUUGCGCUUGGGACGGAACAUCCUGUACUCGUUACCUACCGAAUACAAAGAGACGUUUUCGUCGACAGGAUGUAAGGAACGGAGACCCCAACACCCUUUGCUCAGGAGACCACCACAAGCAUCGUGUUGCAGAGAAGAAGCUGUAUGGAGUUGAGGGAAGCAGCACUUUCUUGGAGUGUAUCCCCAAAUCCCUUCAGGCCAGAGUCACCUGGACUUAUCAGAAACAACCACAGAACCCACGAGAGGAGGUACAUCUUGAUGAACGUAUCCUGCAGACAGACAGGGGCCUACUGAUUCGUCGGGUUCUCAAGAGAGAUGUCGGUGUCUACCAAUGCCACGCUAUGGAGCACGGAUUCACCCAGACAUUGCUGGGCAUCACUUUAGAUGUCGUACCAUCGACAUCUUCCUCUAUCUCCAAUCUUCCCUCCGACUCCCCUGUUCGAUUAGAUCCUCGUAGCGGAAGUGGUCCCUCACUGACCAAUCAAAAGCUUUGGUAUCGGGACUUCAUGCAGCUGGUGGACCACCCUAACCUCAGCACUGUUGACCAAAUUUGUGAGCAAGUUUGGGCACGGAAGCAUGCUGGUGCCGACCAGGUGUCAAAGAGUUUUGAGUCUCCAAGGAAGGAGAUCGUACCUUUGGGUCCUGCUGUCCGACCGGCCAAUAAGAAGUGGAAGCAUCUUCAGGAGAUCCGAAAGGGGAGAAACCGCAGGACCCAUGAUGGGAAACUGAGCUCUCGGGCACCGCGAAGUGCUCAGGAGUAACGAUGACGAGAAACAGAUGAAAAAGAGUGAGAGGGAGAGUGAAAGAAAGUAACUGAGAGACCAGAUACUCAUGGAGGUGUUCACAUAUACAAAUACACACAUAAAGACAUGCACAGACACACACCACCUCCUGAAUUGUGUUUAUUUAUCUGUGGAUACCACCACUAUAUGGUACACCAUCCCCCUGAUUCCUCAUCCCUGUGACCAGCUUCCUGCAUGUGCUGCCUUACUGCCCAAACUGAUUCUGCACGAUCCCUUUACACUGCUUCACUAGGAUAGUCACGUGUACUAGCAAAUACGCGAGAGGAAAUUCACCCUCAUGAGGAGGCAAUAAACUGACACACACAUCUAAAGCUUAUUCUACAAGCCAUUUCCACUACUUUAAUAGUUAGUGUAUUACCUGUUACUCUCUGGACAAUACCCUACAACUACUCAUGAACAGUCCUAAAGGUUUCGAGAAGCACUCUUCAAUGUAUAACAUUUCUUUAAGUGACCUAAAUACGGGCAGAAUGGAGAAAGUGACAAAUGGAAGAAUGAUGCAAAAAUAUAGUCUUGAACUGAAAACGAGUAAUUAUGUUUAAAAUGUAUGUGCAUGUUGCAUUGACUUUUGUAAGAACCAGAGUAAUUGAUGAACAUCUUUCUGUGGCCCCCCUUCCAUUCUUAUCACUACUUGUUAUUUGUACAAAUUACACCAUGCAGCCAUGAAGAGUUACCAGCACCUGUGGAACACAUUAUUAUUUGUGAAAAUGUUAUAAAUUUGUUGUGGGGUUGGAUUCUUGAGUCAGUUUUAUUUUUUUAGCUGUUUCCAUUGACACAUUGAGUUUGUAUCAUCAUAAGCAACAGACUUAAAACAAGAGAUGCACCGAUCAGGGUUUUCUGGCCAAUUUUUGAUUACUAAAGCUUUGACCUGCCAAUGCAAAGCUUCACCAGUUCCAUGUAACGUUUUAGAGGCUUGUUUUGAUGAUGAGACUUUCGGAAGCAGGAGAGACACUUCCAGGUUGGGUUGACACCCUGGUGGUUUAAGUGGAAGUCUGGUCAUUUCAAAAGGUAUGACAGUGUCUCUCAGGAGUUUUCAGAAGUUUGAGGUACCAGGCCUCUUCAUAUCAGCUUUUAGGUUCCUGUAUUACUGGUGUCAGAACUUGGUUUGUCAGUAAGUCUGACUGGUUUUCUGUGGGAGGUUUCUCUUUGUCAACAACUCUUUUUAUGACCUCUAUGGACAGAAUUUCUUGGUACAGCAAAGGAAUUGAGGGGAUCCUUUUUGGCGACCUCUUCUUUUUGCAGAUGAUGUGGUUCUCUUGAUUUCAUCAAACCGUGAUCUCCAACUUUCACUGACACAAUACACAGCCAAAUGUGAAUCAUCCGGGAUAAAAAUCAACCCCUCAAAAUCCUAGACAAUGACCUUGAAAAGACUGGAAUCAAUGUUUUAUCCAGGGCAGGAAUGAAGUGGAGCAUCUUGGGAUAUUGGGAUCCCUGAUACAUGGAGUGGGAGAUCAACUUUGUGCAGCAUCCGCAGUGAUGCAAGUUCUGUACAUGCCCAUUAUGGUGAAGAAAGACCUGAGCCGAAAAGCGAAACUCUUGAUUUACCGGUUGAUCUAUGUUCUUAUCCCUCAUCUAUGAACAUAAGCUUUCAGUAAUGACCAAAAAGAGCAGGAUUGUGGAUACAAGUGGUCGAAAUGAGUUGCCUUCACAGGAUGUCUGGAUUCUACCUUAGAGAUGGGGUGAAAAGCUUGGUCAUCUGGGAGGGACUCAGAGUAGAGUCACUGCUCUUCCACAUCGAGAUGUGCCAGUGAAGGUGGAUAAGGCGUGUGGUUAUAAUACAUCCUGGAGGUAUUCCAGGCAUGUCUCUCUGGGAGGAGACCCCCCGGAUGGAUAGAUGGAUGGAUGGAUGACAAAAUUAUAAUCACUGUGGGAAUCUUGUACCAUAGACAUUUAAUAAAUAAUAUCUGAAAGACCUGCCCAAAAGAACAUAGACCAUGCACAAAACAAAAAUACAAAACAUACAUAGUUUAAAACCAUAAAUAUUACUUUGAGUGAAGGAUUUACUUCCUCUAUUACUGCUAAUGUUAGUACACAGGUGAUGACUUCAAAUGGUUUACAGUUAAAGUUAGCAGGAUGUAUGAGCUUCAUAGUGUUAUAAUAGAAAAACUGUCAACCAAUUUAAUCACCAGUUUCCACUAAACUCAAUUCAAAGGUUACUGGUAAUUGAAGAAACAGUACUUAUAUAGUGAUAUAGUUCUAGGCUCAAUUUGUUAAGGUUUCAAACCCAGUGGUCAACAGUUGAGGUGGUCAAGCUGAGAAUCAGCCGUUUCCAAUCACCAGAUGUCAGAAGUCUUCCUCGGUGCAUAUCUGAUCAGAAUAUUUAUUUCAGUCAGUUUAUAUGGUCUUAGUUAGGAACGAGUCAUAACUGGCCUCUUAAUAAAAAAUCUAAUUGCUGGUUAAAACCACUAGAGAGUGGGUAAUGAUAGAUGUACUCAUAUUCCAUAAAGUGGAAGAAGAAUAAGUCGUUUACGAAACAGAAAAAGCUGGAAGAAAGAAUAGAACGGAUAAAUCAAUCUAUUAAAAAGAGAUUUGAGAAUACAAUUAGGAACCAAAUUAGAGCUUAUAGCAUCAAUUUCUAAGUAAAAAAUUACAACUAAAAUAAUUUGGUCGUAAUUCAGAACAGUAAUUCUUACUGUCGAUCUUUUUGCUUCCAGCAUUUUUGGCAUUUAAGAUAAAUAAUGAGAACAGUGGUUUGUGGGGAAAGGGAUAAAUAUGGUAGGAAAGGUGAAAGGAAAGGGGGAAGAUUUAAGCAGACUCAAAAUAUGACAACCCAUGUUUUUGGGCUACAGAACAGUUUAUAAAUAUAUAAAUAUAUCCAUAUUAGCAUGAUAUUUAUGAGUGAGAAUAAAGUUUUUCUUUUCUGUAUACUAAGCAGUACAACAUGUCUUUCACACUGUUCAAUCCUAAAUUGUUAGCGAUACAUAGAUUAGCAGUUGAUAUACAGUGAGUACGGGAUUCCUAGUUCAGCACACUAAAUUCAUUUUCUACAGAUUGUGAAAAAAAUAUUCUACACUUUGUAAUCACUUGUUAUGUAGUGUUGCAGUCAUUGAAAUCAUUGGAUGCUGGUUGAGGGUAUAAACUCUAGCUAAAGGACAGUUAUCACAGCAAGAUUUUCCUUUUUAAAUGUCUUAGUCUCUAGGUGUUUAAUUUGUAAAGAAACCAUAUUUGUUGGUUGCUUGUGCUAACAUGGUGUGUGUAGCCUGCCCCCUAGUGUUCAUUGCUUGAACAGGCUCAGAUAAGGAGCCUGUCUGUGGUACUUUGAUAUGCAAGAAAGGAACUGGUGGGUCUUCUUAGAUAAAACGUGUGUUCAUGUUUUACAGAAAUAAAAUCUGUACUGAUAUGUUUUGUGCUGCUACCACCAAAUGUCAUGGUUUUAGUCAAAUUAUCUUAAGUUAGUGUAUUCAUCCCAGUUAAAAGCAAAGCGUGGGGAUUUUAGAUGUAUGAUAUCAUUGUCAUUGUUAUUUAUGUACCUUUUUAUAGAUGUGUAAUUAAGUCUCUAAACUAAACUCAACGAUGACGCCUAUGAAAGGGACACUCAGCACUUCGACACCACAUUGAACAGGGCUAGAUUGACUUAAUGAAGUGAAUUUUCAAUUCUUAAGGGAGCAGCUGAUCAGCGCUUUGGACAUAUGUGCACCAACUAAUUCUGAAUCAGCAGUGAUGUCAAACAUGCCUGAGUAUCCCUUUUCAGCCAGCUUUUGUUUGUGCUUGAACUUGCAUGACUAAAGUUUGUGGCUAAUGCAUCUGACAAUGACAUGAGACAUGAGAGAUAGAGAGGUAAAGAAAGCACAAUGUUAAAUAUCAUUAUUAUUCCUACGUAUUUAUGUGGAAAGAUAAGCUGAGUUGUUGUGAAUUUUUGUGUUUUCCUUAUAAAUGUAGAUUUAUUUCUCUAUUGUUCAUGUUCUGCUGACAAGGACUUGUCCUUAGCAUUUUUUAAUCCUUUACAGCCAAUAGAAAAGCUUUUUUUCCUGCAGACAGUGUCCAAUUAAAGUCUUUUGUUGUUCUAAAAGCCCUCUUUUCCAAAUCUUCCUUAUAUCCCAAUUCUAUGUGAUGUGGUGUUUUUUUGAAAAGCUUACUAUGUGUUUGUAUGUUGAGUGAGUGCAUGUGUCUGCGUGCAAGAUUAAACUGUUCACUUGAGCACGAUUUGUGUCUUCAGCCUACCAAUUUUUGUGGACAACAGAGCUUUGUAUAUAGUGGCAAAGGUACAGUGGAGUGUUGGGAGGUCUGCAGCUGAAAGUCUGAGGUCAAAGGCCAAAGUUAAUGUGGUGCACUGUAAUAUACCUGGGUCUUUGUGAAAUGUCAUGUCAAAAUGUUUUUGAUUAAUACAAUAAAAAUAUGCAGUUACUUAAA